AUGACAAACAAUACAACAGAGUUUGACUCUAUAUUUAAUGGUAAUGAUGAUUUGCCUCCACCACCUCCAUCAAAGGCGUUCUUGGAUCUUCUUCAAAAGAAGAAAACUGUGUCUUUGAAGAUAUCUCCAUUACCCAAACCUAUAUCCCCUUCUUCUUCAACUUUGCAAGGUAGUAGUACUAACAACAACAAUAAUAGUAGUCCUAAUAGAACUUCAACAACAACAACAACAACUAUGACUACUUCACCUUCUUCUUCUUCUUUUACUACUACAACUACUUCUCCUACAUCUCUUCUCCUCCCAAAUAACUACAAUAACAACAAAGUUGCCUUAUCCCCCAAUAUUAAUAAUAAUAAUAAUAAUAAUAAUAAUUUUACACAAAGAAGUAAUAGUGUUGGUUUCUCACCUACCAAUCGUACUACGACGACGACAUCACCUACUAGAUCUCAUUCUGAUGGUGAUUUAUCACCUUUACCUUCACCAAUCAAAUCAUUACUCAAUAUUGGAAUUACCAACACCGCCACGCACAACAAUAGUAAUAGUAAUGCUGCUACUAGUACAAUGUCUCCACCAUCAACUUUAUCAUUGGGAAGUGAAGAUGAUCAAGCGAUGGUAGCUCCAUCACCAACUACUUCAACAAAUACUCCAACAACUCCUUCUACAAACCCCAUAAUUUCACCAACAAAGAAAACUAUUUCUUUGAAGAUCACAUCUAAACCUCCUCCUCCUCCUUCUCCAAAAACAAACAAUACAUCACAACCAACUAAAAAUCUUACCAUCCCAUAUAACAAUAAUAAUAAUAACAAUAAUAAUAAUUUUGGUUAUAGAAAUAAUAUACAACCAAUUCAACGUAUAAAUACAACUGGAGAUGAAGAUCAAGAUGGAGUAUUGCUCCAACAACAAAGUCGAAAUAUUUACAAGAUGCAUCAAUCUAUGAAUGGUAGUACUACUAGUAAUGGUAAUAAUGGUGGAUUUAAUACAAAAUUUUCAAAGGAUGGUGAGGGAUGGGUUGCACCAUCACCAUCAAUUACAACGAUGAUGACAACCACCACAAAUGGACAACCACUCCAAUAUGCAAAUCCAUCAUCAAAUGUGAGUUCAAUUGGAAUGAAAACAAUUCCAUUUGAGAUGGAUACAUCAUCUACUACGUCAACUUCAAAACCAACACCAACCUUUUAUGCAUAUGCUCGAGACAAUUCUAAUGACUCUUCUUUUGAUGGUAGUAAUAAUGGAUCAUUUGAUGAUGAUGGUUUUAUUAGUAAAGCAACUCCUGUUAAACAACAACAACAACAACCACCUCCACCUUCAUCUUCACCACCACCAUCAUCUUCUUCACCAACAUCAACUACUUCUACUUCAACUACUAUAUCAACUCCAAUUAAACCAACACCAACAAAAAGAAAGAAAUCUGCACCUUCUUCAACAACACCUUCAAAAUCACCAACAGAAAUAGGUAAAACAAAUGGAUUUAAAAAGAUUACUUCUAAAACUCCGACAAAGACACCCAUUCAAUAUGAAUCAGUUAAAAACAAAAAACUUGAUGAAUCUACUCUGGCACAAGAUUUUAGAGUUUCAGAAGAGGAGGAAAACCGAAACAAGAAACCAUUUAUGACUCUACAAGAUAAAAGAAUUGAAUCAACUAAAUGGACUGCACCAGAUGGAUACACACAAGUAAAUGACAAGGUCAAGAUAGAAGCUUUAGACAAACAUUUAUCAACUCUUAGAGUAUCGAUGGUUGUAUGGGGUGUCGUAUACGACAAUAACAAAACAAAUGUUAGAUUGCCAAUCCUAGAAAAACAGAAAAAGAGAAAGUCAACAGACACGUCACCAAUCGCCCACGAACCAACCUUUGAAGCUAUUGGAGUGGCACUAUGGAUACUUUCAUACAACGAUACCAAUUACACAUCUAAAAACAUGGCACUCGAGAAAUACUUUCUUCCCAUUGUCUACCAAGGAUUUGAAAAUAGACCAAUUGCAAUUAAAAACACUGAACUAUUAAUUAGAAUCUUGGAGAAUGAAGCAAUUAAAAAGGUUUCAUUUAAUUGUCAAGAAUCUUUUAAAAUAUUUUUUGCCUAUAAUACUUAUUUUUCACCAAAAAAUAUUUGGGAUCCAAAGAUACUUGCAUGGAUGUAUAAACCUGAAUCUAAAAGAGUUGAUAUGUCAACAUUGGUCGUAGAGUAUCAAAUAGAUAGCCAUGAUAAACUUGAAAUGGCCAAUGUGAUUAAAAAUUUGGAUCAACAUACAGACAAUAAUAAUAAUAAUAUUAAUCCUUCUAUGACUGUAUCAAAUUAUACAUGCCUUGCAAAUGAUAUUAGAAAUGGUUCAAUUUUACAAUUAAUUUUAGAACAUAAAUUAUCUGACGCUAAAUUGGAACCACUUCAAGAAAUGCAAAUUAUUCCAAUCCUUUCAAAAAUGGAGUAUUAUGGUGUAUCAUUUUGUAGUGAAGCUUUGAAAACAUGUCAAGUUCAUAUUGAUUCUCUUCUUGAAAAUAUAACAAAACAAUUUCAUUUAUUAAGAGAUGGACUUGGUAUUAAAAUGGAUGAUUUUGGAUUGAGUCAACGUGGUGUAGUAUUGUCAUGUAUUAAUCAAAUCAAACCAAGUCGUAUACCACAGAUUCCAGACGCCAAGGCACAAACUUUGAGAAAGUUUGCUGAAAUUGAUCUCUCUUUAAAGGAAGAGAAAGCAAAGAAUGGUGACAUGGAGAAUUUGAUCAUGGCCUGUCGUAUCUAUUUAGAUCAUAAACGUUUUAGCCAAUUCAACAAUAUAUUUGUUAAAAAGUAUAUAAGUGUUGGUCAAAAUAUAUAUACAUCAUGGAAUCAUACUGGUACUGCAACUGGUAGACUUUCAAGUUCUUCACCUAAUGUACAACAAAUUCCAAGGAAUGUAGCCAAUAUAAAGGUUAGUGAUAAAGAAGAUGGUGAUGGAAAUGAUUAUGAUGAUGAUGAUGUAUCAGAUGAUGAAGAAGAAGGUACUACCAAUGCUAGCACCGUUCAUAUCAAUGCUAGAGAUUGUUUUAGAACUAGACCGGGAUACACGAUGGUUGCAUUGGAUUAUAGUCAAAUUGAACUGAGAGUAAUGGCACAUCAGUCUGAUGAUGAACACUUGUUGCAUUUCUUCCAACAAGACGCAGAUUUUCCAAAAGUAAAAAAAUUUAUUAAUGAUACAAAAGCAGAUACUAAAAAAUUGAAAUAUGUUAGAACGCUUCUAGGUAGACAUCGUACAUUCUAUUCACCACAUCUUACACCAGGAGAGAUUGAUCGUCAAUCUGUGAAUAGUAUUAUACAAGGUAGUGCUGCCGAUAUUAUCAAAGCUGCUAUGAUUAGAAUCAAUCAACUAUUAAUUCAAGAAUCAAAAGAAGUCAAUCAAAUUUUACAACAACAAGGUCAACAACAAGGUCAAACGAAUCAACAACAAAACAAAGAUGAUAUAAUAGAAGCAAGAUUAUUACUUCAAAUUCAUGAUGAAUUGAUUUUCGAAAUACCAAAUGUAAUGUUGGAAAUUAAACCAGACAUUUUGGAAAAAAUCAAACAUAUGAUGGAAUGUUCUACUGAAUUAAAGGUAGAUUUAAAGGUUGCAAUGAAGAUUGGAAAUUCAUGGGGAUCUUUGGCAGAUUACCCAUCUAAACAACAAUCCUCCAACUAA